GUUCCUUUGGGUACUUUUAACCUCUGAAGGUGUGGCGCAAAGUCCAUCUGUUUUGCUUCCUUAACCUUUGCAAUGGAACUGCCGUUCUUCUUAUCCUACCUUAUGGCUGCAGGUAGGGACCCUUCCUCAUUUACUUGGUGGAGCUGCUGCUUGUAUACUGGAAUAAUAAUAAUAAUAAUAAUAAUAAUAAUAAUUUAAUACCCCGCCCAUCUGGCUGGGUUUCCCUAGCCACUCUGGGUGGCUUCCAAGAGAAUAUUAAAAUACAAUAGUCUAUUAAACAUUAAAAGCUUCCCUAAACAGGGCUGACUUCAGAUGUCUUGUAAAAGUCUGGAAGCAGCAGCAGAGGAAUGGGGCAGGGGACGAAGCAUGGUGAGUAGGGACAAUUGCCCUCACAUUAACCAUAAACCACAGAUUCCCAGCUUUCUUCCUCCUCUUCCACCUCUUCCUUUUCUUUUUAAAAAAGAGUUAAGUUCCUAGCAUUUGCAGAACCUAAGAUAUGAGACGAAAUGUACAGACACUAGGUUCCCCACGCCCCUUUCCCCCCAACGAAAUAUUGGGUUUCAAUCAUUUUGUGGAUGAGAAAUUAGCCUGCUCUCAUCCCCCCCCCACAACGUCUAGUAUUUUACUUUGAUACCCCAUAUUUUUACAAAGGGCAUUUAGAAAAGGUUUUAAAAGAAAUCUCAGCAGUAAUCAGCAGCCUAGAGGAGGGAGAAAUCCCCCCAGCUGGCUCUAUCAAAUUUCUUUACAGGGGAAGAUUGGGACAUUUUACAUAAAAACUUGGUAGGCCAUCUAUUGAUAGCUGCAGGAAUCUCAGUGGCAAGAUUUUGGAAAACCUAAGGGUUAAACAUAGUAAAAUAGUACCAAAAAAAUAUGUGGGGAGGGUUUGCUCUUGUUUGUUUUCUGAGUAUGUAUUUUGUGUUCUUAUUUUGUCAUUUUAUGUUGUAAACUGCCCUGGUCUCUUCUGAUGAAAGGCAAUAUACAAAUUUAACAAAUAAUUUAAUUUUUUAAAAAAACCACAGGAAGCCUUGGGAAAUCAAGUUAACUGAGAAAUUGACACAAAGUUUAUGUUUUGCCAAUGGUUAAAAAAGUGACACACAUUUUUGGCGUAUUGCUGACCUUGUAUAACAUGCACUGAUUAAAAAAAGAUACUGUUGAAACCUUGCCAUUGGUCUUUAAAAACGUCUAUAUUAUCUAAUUUAAAAUUAUAUUUGCUCAAAGGGGACAUACUCUCAGUAAAAGAACUAUACAGACUGUGGAUAUGUAUGCGUGUGUAGAAAGAUAAAAAGAGACACACACACAGAGCCUAUCGUUCAUUGAUUAAUUUUCUAUUAUUUUGUAAUCUUUGCAACAUUUUUGGUGCCAAAGAGAGGACAGGCUUUAUGUUCGGUGUGUGUGUGUGUCAGAACCGAGUUACCUGUGAUUCAGUGGGUCAGUUAGUUAAGGGGGCAGCUGCCCCCCUGGCUACACCCGUGUGUGUGUGUGUGUGUGUGUGUGUGUGUGUGUGUGUGCAUAUAUCUUCACAUACACCCCUUCUGUUUUGUUUCCAGCUGCUUUGGAAGUGAAGACUAGUCCUUCUCCUGUAGUAGGCCUGGUACACAACCCAGUUGUGCUGCAUUGUAACUUUACAGUUCAGGAGAGCGUCAGAAAAGAAGACAUGGCUCUGAAAUGGGCGGUGAAGACUGUAUCUGGAGAAGAGAGGGCAGUGUUUUUGUUUGAUGGGAACCACACAGCAGGUUACCGGCACGGGCCCUUGGUGAAUGUUGAGUUACUACCCCAUGGCAUUGCAUCACUCACCUUGUCCGAUGUGACAUUAAGGGAUGAAGGGAUUUACACGUGUACUGUGUUGGUAACUCCACAGUAUGGAAAUGGAAAGAUCCAGCUUAAAGUCAGAGGUACCAAUUGCUUUUUGAAGUUAUCCAACGAACACAAAAUGAAGAAUCUUUGAGAUCAAUAAAGUGGUCCAGUAGAGUGGGCACCUGCCACAAAAUAUUGCAGUGCUGUUGUGCCACAUGUUCCACUUAGCUAGCCAUACAUUCUUCUCAGACAGUCCACAUUAUUCCCUCUCCUGGUUUACUGUCCCCCGCAACAUUAUUCUGUGCCACUGAGCAGGCUAAGUCUUCAUGGGUCUGUCUCGGGGGGAGGGGGGUUUCUGCCUUCCUUCCCUUCUUAAGUUUCUAAUCCCCAACCCCACAUAUCUAUUGUGCUUCUGAAAACCUUCACCCAUGUGUGCAAAGGAUGCUAUUUUGAUUGCGAAAGGAUUGACACUCACGCCCCCAAACAUUGCUAAUAAAAGGAACAAGUGCUUCUAAAGCUGUGGCAAACCUCACCCAGCCCCACAAGUAAAUCAGGGAAUGGGAGGUGGGGGAAAGCAACAGCAACGAAAAGUAAGGAGGGGAGGAGUGACUGCCAUCAUUGUUGCCACGAACAUAAAGAGAAGGAGGAGGAGAGCUGGGGGGGGGGGGGGAGGAAAGCAACAGUAGAGGCCAUACAGUGUGAGUUGCCCUGGGCCCUGCUGCACCUCCUUAGUGCCUCUUUAGUUUUCUGGAAGAGGUAUUGACGACUAAACCACUCUGUAAAUUGUGGCUCCAUGAGGGGAAUAGGGGUCUCUUAGCAAAUCUCAGCAUGCUUUGGGAGAAGAAGCCAUGACUGUUUAAAGUGGUAGGUAAAGGUAAAGGUAAAGGUAAAGGGGCCCCUGACCAUUAGGUCCAGUCGUGGCCGACUCUGGGGUUGCAGCGCUCAUCUCGCUUUAUUGGCCAAGGGAGCUGGCGUACAGCUUCCAGGUCAUGUGGCCAGCAUGACUAAGCCACUUCUGGCGAACCAGAGCAGCGCACGGAAAUGCCGUUUACCUUCCUGCUGGAGCGGUACCUAUUUAUCUACUUGCACUUUGACGUGCUUUCGAACUGCUAGGUUGGCAGGAGCAGGGACCGAGCAACGGGAGCUCACCCCGUCGUGGGGAUUCGAACCGCCGACCUUCUGAUUGGCAAGUCCUAGGCUCUGUGGUUUAACCCACAGUGCCACCCGCGUCCCUGUUUAAAGUGGUAGGAGACUGCUUUAAAUGUAUAGCGCGCAACACAUUUUAUUAGAGCAAAAGCUUCCAUGGAGUAGAUUCCAUUUCAGCAGAUAUGCGGAAGGCAUUCCUCAGUUGUGGAUAUGAGCGAUUUUCCUCUCUGAUAAUAAUCUGCUUUCCCACUCCAGCUCAGCCUGCUGUGCUGCUGUCACCCCAAAGUCUCCUAGCUGCUGCAGAAGGAGAGAAGACAUUUACUUGCAACGUUCAUGACUUCUACCCCCAAGCAAUUAACAUCUCUUGGAUGGUCAGGAAACAAGGCAGCCUACGCGAAACACCACUGUCCUCAGAUAUAUGCACAGGGGCCCCAUCUUCCCGAGGCCGUGACGGUUUGUUUGCUGUGCUGAGUCGUGUCACCCAAAUGGUGUCUGAGGCUGAUAAUGGUUCCUUAUAUAUCUGUGAAGUCCAACACGAGUCCCUGGGAAAGCCGCUACGUAGAAACACAACUUUGUUGGUCACAAGUAAGUGUCCGCAAAUCUGUUUAUUAUCAUUUGUUAAAUGUAUAUUCCACCUUUCCUCCAAGGAGCUCAAGGUGGUAUACAUAGUUCUCCUUAUCCUCAUAGCAACCCUGUGAGGUAUGUUAGGCUGAGAGAGAGAGGGGGACUGGCCCACUACUAAACUUCAUAGCUGAGUUGGGGGUUGAAGUCUGGUCUCCAAGGAAUCUCACAGGCAACUAGCCACAUACUUUCCUGGUGGCUCUGAAGUUCCUGCCCUGCUCACCAUCUCCUCUACUUCUAUGGUCCUGCAAUAAUUGGAGGGGUGGUGUCUGGAGGCACCUGAACCACCCAGGAAGCUGGUGUGGGCACCUUCAGUCCUGGGACAGAGAUGUCCAAAUCCUCAGGCUCAUUGGCAGUGUGGAUCUGCUGGAAGGACCAGCUUCCUUUGCUCCUCGUCCAAGGAGACCUCAAGCUCUAGGCCUGAAUCCAGACAAUGGCUUUUUAUUCAUGUAAAGGUAAAGGGACCCCUGACCAUUAGGUCCAGUCAUGACAGACUCUGGGGUUGCAGCGCUCAUCUCGCUUUAUUGGCCGAGGGAGCCGGCGUACAGCUUCUGGGUCAUGUGGCCAGCAUGACUAAGCUGCUUCUGGCGAACCAGAGCAGCACACAGAAAUGCUGUUUACCUUCCCACCGGAGUGGUACCUAUUUAUCUACUUGCACUUUGACGUGCUUUCAAACUGCUAGGUUGGCAGGAGCGGGGACCGAACAACAGGAGAUUACCCCGUCGUGGGGAUUCGAACUGCUGACCUUCUGAUCGGCAAGUCCUAGGCUCUGUGGUUUAACCCACAGCGCCACCUGCGUCCCCUUUUAUUCAUGUACCAAAAGCAAAUCCUGCAAGACCACAGUCCAUUACACUUAUUUAGAUCCACUGUUCUGUUGUCAGCGAUAACAACAGGACAAGCCAAGUAAAAAAUAAAUCAUCUCCAAGGAGGGGAGUCCCAGCAAGCAGUCCUGGAGGCCACAGCCAAAGAAGUGACAAAGCAUAUGUCAAAAACAGAACAACUGCUAUUGGUUUUAAUAAAUGCAUUUGCAUUCCAGUACCAAAAUCCUAUCAUCGGGACACAGGAUUUAUUGUCGGGGUGGCCACCUCUUGCAUCAUACUGACAGGCUUAUGCAGCAUAUUUUUAACCAUCUUUUAUCAAACGCGGCUUGCAAAAGGUAAAUUUUAAAGAAUCCUAAAACAUUUCAGGGUGCAAGUCAUUCAUUUUAGCCCAGUUCAUGAUCUGCAUGAAAUGACCCAUGAAAGAUUGCACAUGUAUUUGUCACUAUUCCUCACCUCUUCCAAAAAUGGAAACUUUCUGUUCCCAACACAUGUUUUUACUUAUUUAUCUGAUGUAUUUAUUUACUGGCCAAUACAAAUAUUCUAGUUACUACUAAGUUACUACUGAUAUGUCUAGGGGGCAUGGCUUGGCUUUUCAUGGGCCACUCUGGUCCUUCCAUUUUGUGCUAAGAUCACAAGAAGAGCUCUGCUGGAUUGGACCAAGGCCCAGCUAGUCCAGCAUCCUGUUUGCACAGUGGCCAAGCAAGCACCUAUAGGAACUCUGAAAGCAAUAGCUCUCUUCCCACCUGGGAUUCCCAUCAGCUGUUAUUCAAAGGCACACUGUCUCUAGAUCUGGAUGGUUCAGUCGGUAGAGCAUGAGACUCUUAAUUCCAGGGUUGUGGGUUUGAGCCCCACGUUGAGUGAAAGAUUCCUGCAUUGCAGAGGGUUGGACUAGAUGAGACCCCCAUGGCCUCUUCCAACUCUACAAUUCACUGAUUCUACCAGUGGAGGUACAAAAAGGCCAUUGUAGCUAGUAGUAAUUGAUAACCUUGGCCUCCACGAUCCUCUGCAGAACAAUUUCUCAAUUAACAUUGAAAUGUGUUUUAUGUUUCCUGUACAGAUGGGGAAUCUGUAGCUUUCUAGAUAUUCAUGGGCUCUAGCUAGCUGGGAAUUAUGGGAGUUGUAGUCCUGCAACAUCUGGAGGGCCAAGAGUUUCCUAUCUCUGGUUUCUUGGGUGCACUAUGUUCAAGGGACCUUUCGCUAAGUGCACUGUACCCUAACUGCCUUUGCUUUUUAUAUAUAUAGCAGAGCCCCAGGUCUCCUCAAUCAUCCAGCCUGACCUGAUCCCGAUUAAUGAAAAGAUCAGGCUGAUGUGCAAUAUAAAUGGAUUUAGACCCAAAACAAUCCAGGUGAAAUGGUACCGGAGAAACCCACACAGGAUGGUGUUGGCAUCAGACCAUGCAAAGGAAGAUGCAGCCCUUUGUGAAGCUGGAGAAGAUGUUACCGGUAUGGCCAAGCAGCCGUUGGAAGCCAAUGGCAGAUUUUACAGCAUCUCCUCCUGCCUGAGCUACACGCCGACGAUAAAGGACGAUAGGGCAGAAUUUGAAUGCAACAUCCAGCACAGCACACUCAAAAAUCCAAUACGGAGGACCACAAUUAUUCAUGUUACUGGUAAGAUUAAUAGCAGUUCUCAAAGGAAGCAGCAGACAGGUUAUGUAUUCCAAUAGUGCAGGGGUGGCAAGCCUCUCCUGCCAGGCUGGCCACAUCCUUAUCUCCGAAAAUUGACAGGUGGGUGGGGACGUCUGCCUGUCAAUCAACUGACCUCGUGCUUUGAAUUCCCUAUUGAUUAGUGACUUGAAAUUCAGGAAGGAUGUUUCCUCCUCCUGUGUUUCAAGACACAUCCUUUCAGACAGAGAGGGAGCAGGGAUGUCUUAAUCCAAGCCCAUUACCUGAUUUGUUCCCCGCCACCCACCAAACUUCAGUUCAUCUGCCCAGAAACAACCACAACUUCCAUUUCCAAGCUGGGUGGAGGCUGGUUUGAGGGGGAGUACAUCAAACAGAAGUGUUUCUCAGAAAGCCACCGUAUACCUACCGAUUUCAGGUAACAUCAUGUGUAAAGGUAAAGGGACUCCUGACCAUUAGGUCCAGUCGUGGACGACUCUGGGGUUGCGGCCCUCAUCUCGCUUUAUUGGCCGAGGGAGCCGGCGUACAGCUUCCGGGUCAUGUGGCCAGCAUAAUUAAGCUGCUUCUGGCGAACCAUAGUAGCACAUGGAAACACCAUUUACCUUCCCGCUGGAGCGGUACCUGUUUAUCUACUUGCACUCUGAUGUGCUUUCAAACUGCUAAGUUGGCAGGAGCAGGGACUGAGCAACAGGAGCUCACCCCAUCGCGGGGAUUUGAACCACCAACCUUCUGAUCAGCAAGUCCUAGGCUCUGUGGUUUAACCCACAGCACCACUCAGCUUCAAUGCCAGCAGUGGGAUUGAGCUGGAGGUAGAGCAAGUGGUAAAAUUUUCACAGCCUCAGAUUGUGUUACCUGAGGGUGACUUGGAAUACAGUGGUACCUUGGGUUAAGUACUUAAUUCGUUCCGGAGGUCCGUUCUUAAUCUGAAGCUGUUCUUGACCUGAAGCUGUUCUUAACCUGAAGCACCACUUUAGCUAAUGGGGCCUCCUCCUCCUCCUGCUGCUGCUGCUGCUGCCGCCACCCCACACAAUUUUUUGUUCUCAUCCUGAAGCAAAGUUCUUAACCCAAGGUACUAUUUCUGGUUAGCGGAGUCUGUAACCUGAAGCGUAUGUAACCUGAAGCAUAUAUAACCCGAGGUACCAUUGUAAUAGAGGCAAGGCACAUCAUUCACCACAAAAACAAGAGAAGCCCACAGUGGCCAAAUAGAUACCUAUAGUACAGGUUCUUUUGGCCUGCCACUUUUCCUGUAGAGCUAGUGUAAUGUCUGAAAGCUGUGUAUGGAAUAUCUUUCCCCUCCACACAAACACACACAGACUUUUGAUCUCUAUUUGGCAGCUCGACCAGCGAGUCAUUACAUCUUCAGCUCGCCCCAGGUUCCCAUACAGGGGGAUAAGCUUAUUCUGAUCUGUGUUGUGGAGAAAUUUUACCCAAAGGACAUCACUCUGGAUUGGUUUCGAAAUGGGCAGCCUGUUGAAGAAGUGACACAGUUUGGGCCUUUCCCUUGUGAAAGUGAUUUUUACAGUAUAUGGAGCCAGACUGAAUUUAUCCUGACCAGAGAUGACGAAGGAGCAAUUUAUACCUGUCGGAUCAAGCACAGCAGCUUUGGAAAUGUUGAAGAACUCUCCUAUGAAAUAAAUUUGCAAGGUAUGAUGCCUCUCCGGUUGGAGCAGAUUUGAUUUCUCAUUUAUUAUUGCCUUUGGACUGAAUGCAUAUAUUCUAGGGACACACGCUUUCAACUUUUUUCUUCUACAGCAACAAGGACUAGAAAGUUACAUUUAAUUAAAACCAACCAACCAACGAAACAGCAAUUUCAACCGAGAUGCAUUACAUUUCUUUUCCCCAAAUGGCCUUGGCAGAACAGGGUGCAUCGCUUGCCACUAUAUCUUAAGGGGAGCAACUCACUUUGUUAUUUCAUGUCCCUACAGGAACGCCCCCAGAAGUCCUCUGGAUCACUCCAGACCCUACGGUUCCUGUUGCAGGAGAGGAGCUGAGGCUAAGCUGCCGAAUCAAUAACUUCUCCCCUAGCGUGAUCAGGGUGAAUUGGUUCCAAGAUGGGAAGCCACUGCAUGUGGGAGUCUGCCACUCGGUCUCCGUAGUUGGCGCCAAUGGCUUGCACUCCAUGUGGAGCCUUCUGAGAGUGACACCUGCACAGGGGGCGGGGAAUACUGUGUUUACGUGCAAGGUGGAACACGACGCGCUGAGCGGAUGUGUGGAAAGAGUGUACACUUUGCAGAUGCCUGGUGAGUCCUGAGUUGAUAAGAUCCUUGAACAAACAUCAAGGAAGCCGGAAUAAUGCACAGAGGGAGUCUGGAAGAGAGCGUUGGGGAAGUGAUGUGAAUAGAAAGUCGCGAGGUAGGAGCUGAAAUGAGACCGGGCCUGCAUUCCAACAUCUUUUCCCCGCAAGAUGAAAGGCAGCAUGCUUUGGCUGUUGGCCUGAGGUCGUCAUCUGUAAAAAUACCCCAUAGGGUGGCAGAGGGAUUAAAUUUUGCUUACAGAGGGCUUUGAAGAUGUUCGCUUCUAAUUAUUAAUAUUAUUGCGAAGCUAUUACAAUGUAGCCUUUGGCUGCUCCCUGCAAGUAGCCAGGUGCAGUUUUUGAGGGAUGAGGCAGAGACCCCACCACAAAACCCCCACUUAGAUGCUUACUAGAUUUGUUCCUGUGGUGGAUUUGUAGUUGCUAGCAGGAGAAGUAUUAUGCAAUUAUUUUCACCCACCCUCUAUUUCUGCAUUGCUAAUGCUAACCACUUCAUUCUAGAUGCACUUACUUGGUUGCAAAUACUGUAAGUCCCAUUGCCCUCUUUGGGGCCUACUUCUGAGUAGGCAUGUGUGGGCUUGCACUGCGAAGAAUUCAUAGAUAAUUGGGCUUGGUGACAAACUUGCAGAAGUUUCAGCUGAGGAAAUCUCUGAUUUUUUUCCAUGCAUUUUUCUUACGCUCCACUUCAAUACAGUGGUACCUUGGGUUAAAUACUUAAUUCGUUCCGGAGGUCCAUUCUUAACCUGAAGCACCACUUUAGCUAAUGGGGCCUCCUGCUGCUGCCGAUUCGCCGGAGCAUGAUUUCUGUUCUCACCCUGAAGCAAAGUUCUUAACCCGAGGUACUAUUUCUGAGUUAGCGGAGUCUGUAACCUGAAGCGUAUGUAACCCGAGGUAUCACUGUAUCUAGCAGCCCCAUGCAGGCAAUCGAUACUUUUUACAUCCUUGUCAAAGAAACAUUUGAGGAGAAGACUCCCAUAUGUUUCCCUUUUAAAAGUUUAUGGGUGAAGGAAAAAGCCCACUAAUUUUCCAUAUGUACUCACAGGUUUCAGUCCUAAUAGGGAAAUGAUGCAGUUUUAUUUUAGAUCUUGUUUGACAAUGCAAACUAAGUUCCAGUGAGUAGUGAAAUGUCGGUUUAGUGCCAAUUUCUAUUACCAGUAAAACCAAAUGUUAAGUAUUUUCCACGCUGCAAGCAUGUUGUAACCAUAAUCAAAGUAACUCGGCAUGUAGAAAAACAACAAAGUUGGGAAGAAGGUUAAGAUGGAAGCUGCUCCCUGAAAUAUUAGUUUUCUGUGUGCAGGGAGGGGCAGGGUUUGGGGGUGGGUUUUUUGGUCAGGGCAGCUCUAUUUGUAGCCUAAAGUUGGAAAAUCCAGUAAAAGUUUUAUUACAUGGUUCUGUUUCUUAACCCUUUCACAUACUAACUAGCAUUGUUAGAUUUGACUGCAAAUCUCCCACAUUUUGUUCAGUGUUGAGAUGUGAAUAUUUGGCAAUGUCCUUUGAAUAUAAUUUGGGUCAACAGACGCAAGGUUUAGGAGGGAAGCAAUGUUUUAAGAGAUGGUGGCCCAAGACCCCUUGAUGCUAAUUUAUUGGAUAUAAAAUUGCCAAGUGGCUUGCUUUUGUUCUAUUAACAGAAAGCAUGAUAUGGAGAGAAAAAAGAGCAAAGCCAGAAAGUGAUGUUUUUCAAGCAUGGAGAAAAUCAUUCAUUACUAUUGGUUGGGCUAAUCAAUCUGCUGAUAAAAAAUCUACACUAGUUGGUCCAGAAUCUGGCAGCCUUAAUUGUAUGCUAGAAGAGUAAUUCCACUUGUUUUCUUUAUUGGAUGAAGGUUGAACCGUUUUCAUGAAAAAGAAGGGAAAUCUGCACCGAAGCAAACCAAAGGGAGAUUAGCAAAGAAACUAUGAGUGGACUGGAUUUCAAGGCAUGAACAGAAGGAUAAAAGCAGAAAAAGGAAAUAAUAUACCGUCUGCAACCACUAGAUGUCGCUUUUCACCAUCAACUGUUUGGCCAGAUAAUUCCAGAUAUUUGUGGUUUAGUUUAUUGCAUUUAGUUUAUUUUAUCACUCUGGUGACUCUCCUUCUCCAAGAAUUCAGGAGUGACUAAGCUUUCUAGCUUAGAUCACCAUUGCCUUUAAUUUUUUUAAUUAUGUGCCACAUUUCUCUUUGCAAGAGGAAAAAAAAACAAUCCCACAAGACAGUUCAUGACCAAGAUAACUAGCAAACAGUCAUUUAGAAAUUAUCAGAAAAAUAUUCCCCAGAGAACAUAGGAGAGUGCCCUGUUAGCUCAGUGGUAGAGCCUGUCCAUUAGGGUGUGUUGAAUUUUUCCAAAAAUGAGGGUUGCUAAAAAGUUGUAACAUGACUUGGGAAUUAAAAAGAUAUUUUGGUUAAAUUAAUAUAAUUUAGUUUUGGAUGUAGGUCAUUUUUUGUGUAAAAUUGCAUAGAGAUUAUUAAAAAUGAUUGCCAAGUACUUCCAGUUACAUUAUACAUUUUCGUUGUUGGCAUUUGUCUGGAAGAGUGUUCCAUUGGGGGUCAAACCGUUACAGUGCCUAUUGUAGCUGUAGAGACCGAUACAGGAGAGACAAUUUAGCAUAUUACCUGACAUUUUCAGAAGGCAAAAUCAAAAUUCUUUGGGUUUCUGAAAGCAGCUUAUGUACUUCUUCAUCAAAUGUAGACUUACGAAGCUAGAUAUUGUCCAGUCAGAAAAACAAUGGCAGAUUUAAAUUCCACAUGCCCAAAAAUGAUUUUUCAAGAUGCCUCACUGAAGAAAUUUGAAAAAAUUAAGUUUCAGAUCCUAAAAUGACAUGCCUUGCUGCCCAUUCUCACAGCCCCAGGAAGCAAUAUAGUUCUGAAUGCCAUUUGCUGGGAAGCAGCUUCUGCUUGUGGGCUUCUUGUAGACAUUGGGUUGUCCACGGUGAAAACAUGAGGCUGGACCAGAUGGGCCAUUGGCCUGAUCCAGCACAGCUUUUCUUAUGUACUUAAUCUUUGCCAGGUGAUGAUCCCAAGUUCAGUGCUUAGUUAUCCUCUCUUAAAAGGACCCAAGACUUUCAACCCUAACCCCACUGGCCUGGGAGCAAGCCCCCUUGAAUUAAUAGGAUUUACUUCUAAGCAGACAUGGUUAGGGACGGGGGUGGCGCUGUGGGUUAAACCACAGAGCCUAGGACUUGCCAAUCAGAAGGUCGGCGGUUUGAAUCCCCGUGACGGGGUGAGCUCCCUUUGCUCGGUCCCUGCUCCUGCCAACCUAGCAGUUCGAAAGCACAUCAAAGUGCAAGUAGAUAAAUAGGUACCGCUCCAGCAGAAAGGUAAAUGGCAUUUCCGUGCGCUGCUCUGGUUUGCCAGAAGCGGCUUAGUCAUGCUGGCCACAAGACCCGGAAGCUGUACGCUGGCUCCCUCGGCCAAUAAAGCGAGAUGAGUGCUGCAACCCCAGAGUCGGUCACGACUGGAUCUAAUGGUCAGGGGUCCCUUUACCUUUACCUUUAGACAUGGUUAGGAACGUGUUGUUCAGUAGUAAGUCAUGGCAAAGACCUCCUGACUGAGAUAAGACAACUCAUCUAACUUUAACAAUUCCUCCAGUGCUGUUACUUUCCUCUUCCAUUUGUGGUUCCAUAAAGAAUGGGGUUUUAGAAGGUAACAUUUCUCAAACACUUGCAGCCGUGUGUAAUAUGUCAAGGUACAAAUGCUAAAAUUCUCGCCCAGAUGCAGUUAUUGAGGUUAUAGAGCCCUGCGUCUAAAAGGAUAUUUGUCUAUUCUGCAUUGAAGGUCCCAGCCGUGCUGAGAGAUAGGUCUGCUUUUAUAAUGGGCCUACUAAAGAUUCCAGCGACUUCAGCUGUCAAUCAGCUGAUUACAAAUCAGCCUUGUAAGGAAUGACAAUAAAGCCGUUGCAGGAAGGAAUAUAUUUAUGAGCAAGAUCGGAAUGGCGAAAGCAGUAGGGAGUGAGGCAUGCGUGUUGAGGUUGCUGGUUUGAAGUGUGUGUAUUUUGGAAGCAAGAACUGCUGUUUCAACUGAGCUGAUCUUGUCAUAAUAAUAUUAAUAAAAACAUAGUGGUG